AUGGAAAAGGGUAUGGUAUUACCCGGAAUGAUGAUUGGUACCACAAACGAUUAUGUACCCCUAAACAAUGUUUACGUGAGGGAUUCUGUAAUUUAUUCCGCAGUUUUAGGAAACUUAUCCUUCUCAGAAAAUAAAGGUGUGAGUGUUGUAUCAAAUCACGUGAAGAUUCCAUAUGUUGGAGCCACGGUGAUAGCCCAGAUAACAAGAGUACACAUUAACAAGGCCGAUUGUAAUAUUAUAUCGGUUGAUGGGAGGGUUUUAAAGGACUUCUUUAAGGGAUCUUUAACAAAUAACAAUGUUUUGGAAUCAAAGAAUAUAGAAAUAUUAAUGUAUGAAUGGUUUCGACCAGGUGAUUUUAUCAAGUGCAAAGUGAUUUACGCAGGGGAUGGAAAACAAUUUACUCUUUCUACUGCUGGAUUGGGUCUAGGAGUCAUUAAAACAACUUCAUCAAAAGGGGAGGAAAUGGUACCUAUUUCGUGGAAGUAUUUCAUGUCAAAGAAAUCGGGUGCACUUGAGAAAAGGAAAGUUGCAAAAUCUAUUUAA